UCUAUGAAACCACAAUUUAAUGUCGGUUUACGUGGAUCCGUUAUCUUUCAAUAAUAAUGUAGUCUGUUAUUGCAAAAAAUAAAGAUGUAUUUUGAUCUUUGGAGCAUAUUCUUUGCUGCUAUAGCUAUUUUGUACUUUACAGUGGCAUUAACGUUGUUAUAUGUGUACUUUGGAGCUCAGCCUUACCCUGACAUAAAACGUUCGAAGAAGGAACAUCAUUUUUAUGAUGUUCAGAAUUCUAAAGACAUACCUUUUCCAUCCAUCAAAGAUCCUCCUACUGUUUCUUUAAGUGUCAUUGUUCCAGCUUACAAUGAGGAAGAAAGAUUACCACCUAUGCUAGACGAAUGCCUUGACUUCUUGGAAAAAAGAUGUAAAGAAAUAUCAGGUUUCUCUUAUGAAGUCAUUGUCGUUAGUGAUGGUAGCAAAGACAAAACUGCCGAUGUUGCAUUGCAAUAUACAAAAAAUUUUGGGUCUGAAAAAGUACGGGUUCUUGACUUGAAACCUAACCGAGGUAAAGGAGGUGCAGUUCGUUUGGGUGUACUUAGUGCGAGGGGUUCUGUUAUUCUGUUUGCUGAUGCUGAUGGUGCUACUAAGUUUUCUGAUAUCACUAAGCUAGAGGAAAGUCUUCUUCAGCUCAAAAAAUGUGACUAUAUUAAAGAUCCUGACAAAGUUGCUAAUUCCUAUGCUGUGGUAUGUGGUUCUCGAUCUCACUUAGAAGAAGAAUCGUUAGCAACUAGAUCUUUAUUUCGCAUAUUUCUGAUGCAUGGAUUCCACUUUCUGGUUUGGUCACUUGCAGUCAGGUCUAUCAGAGAUACACAAUGUGGGUUCAAACUAUUCACUCGCAAAACUGCGAAAUUCCUCUUCUCCAAAAUUCAUGUUGAAAGAUGGGCAUUUGAUGUUGAACUUCUAUAUAUAGCUGAGCUAUAUAAAAUACCAACUUCUGAAAUUGCAGUAAAUUGGACUGAGAUUGAUGGUUCCAAGAUUGUGCCAAUUUUUAGCUGGCUUCAAAUGGGAAGAGACCUCAUUCUGAUAUGGUUUAGGUAUAGAAUCGGAGCUUGGAAGAUUUCAGAAAACAGUUAAAAAUUAUAAGAAAAAUAAAGAAAACCAUUAAAAUGGUUAUUAUUUAUCAAGACUUUUUUUCAAAUUUAAUUAUAUUUGUAUAUUUUUAACACUCAUUGUUGUUACAAUUAUCAUGUGAUAUUAAUGAUUUUAUUUUAAUUAAAAUUGUCUACAUUCCUGAACAAGUUAUUGUUGCUUCGUCACUUUUCCUGUAUCUCUUUUGUUUUUGUAAGCAUUCUUAUGUGAGAUAACAUAAGAUUGUUUAAUAAGGAUGGAAGAAGAAGAAGAAGCAUUAUAUUUUGGAGUUAAGAGGAAAAAUAAUCCUGAUGCCCCUAAGUCUGUAUAUGCUGAAAGUUAUAUAAAUGUUUCUGUAAAAAGGCCAGAUCUUAUUAUAUUUAAACCAGAUUUCACUGAUAUAGUAGCGGGCCCUUUUCUUGAUCCUCUUUUACCUGACUCAAAAAUUCUUGCUGAAACGGAAUGGGAAAAGGCAGAUGAUGUUUAUAAAAGAGUGACAGAAAAACAUCCAUUCCUGAAGAAAGUUGCUCUACCUGAAACGGUUGAUCAAUCAAAGAUCACAAAAGAAUAUAAAUUGUCAGACAAAUCAAUCUACCAGAUCGAUUACUCGAAUGAAGGAGAAUCUUAUGAAUCCAAGUACUCUAGAUUAAGGCAGAGAAUCAAGUUACCACCUGACUGGGGACCCAUUCCUAGGACUACCCAAAGAAGAAGUUACAGGGAAUGGAAAAAAAUAGUUCCUUGGAACGUAAAACCUGCUAAACUUUUCCAACCUCCUGAAACUGAACUGGGAUUAAGCAAGGAAGAACAAAGAUUAUUAAAUAUAAAAACAGGUAAAAGUGAAUAUGAAGAAAACAUAAGUGGGCCUGGAGAUGAAAUCAUGAACUAUGCUUUUUAUGUUUCUAGUUGUUAGCAGUAGUAUGGAAAAGUGAGAACACUUCCUACAAGACAGUCGAAAGGAUCUGUCAAAAUGGAUUACUUCCUAACUACAUACAGUAAAGAUUAUAAAUGGCCAGUGGCUAUUACUGCAGCCGAUGCUAAGAAAUCUGGAAAUGAUCAAAAAAUGAGGGAAUUACAACUCAGGGAUGCAGACCCACAUACGAUGAAAACAAGGAAACCAAUGGUGCAAUCUGAUGUGCAGCCUGGUACAGUACCGCCGGCCCAGAGCGGCGCACCUCCUCAGGGUGAAGCAUCAAAAUAUGAUCAACCAAAUGCUUAUCUUCAAAAGUUAUACAGAAAAUACCCAUAUUUAUACAACAUUAUGAAGUUUACAACCACUGAUGAUAUGGCCAAGCGUAUAAUGAGUGAAAAAUAUAAAACGACUUACCAAAUUGAAUAUAGUAGAGAAGAUGAUUACUCUACUCUUAUGGAUGUUGUUAAGCAUGCAGAGGAACCUCAUGAUCCUAAUAUUAGUAAAGUUACUGAACAAGGAGAACAACAAGAAAUUCCUGACAAGGCUAAAGAUCCUGAUAUCUGUUUACCAGAAGGUAUACCAGCACCGAAAUGUAAAUGUGCCAAAGGUCUUUCAUUCUCACCCUGCCAAUGUGCCAAAGAAGUUCCAGUAAGGAGAAUCGCUUGGAAACCAGCACCUAUCUCGAAAAUUCCCCAGUUUCCAAAAGAGAAAAAGAAGAAGAAGAAAACAGAUGAAGAAGAUCAAGACAAGCCUAAGUUAUCUGGAAAAGGUAGUUCCACACCUUUAAAACCAUUCUCUACCGAAUAUAAUGAAACCAUUAGCAAGAUAGGAUGGCUUAUUAUUAAACAUAAACUUUUACAUAAAGCAACUAUUGAAGCAGCAGAAGAGGCUGGGAAGAAAAAAAAGUAAAUCUUUGAUUUCAAAAAAGCAAUUCUCGACUGCACAAAGAACUGAUUAUUGAGAAACUCUUGCUCAUUUUCAAGACUAGAACUAAAAGAAUAUCAGUAACACCCUUUAUCAUUUCUAUUUAUUUCAUUAACAUUUUACUUUUCUGUUGUACCUGUAAUUAAUUUUAAACCAUCAAAAAUAUAAAAAAAGAAAUAAAUACCAUUCUUCAUAUAUCGUAUUUCUUUAUUUUGCUUUUCUU